AUGUCAAGAUUCAUGUGUGAAUAUGAGAUACGAGAAACACUUACAAAUCUUAUGGACAGAAUUUCUAAACUGGAAGCGCAACAGAGACCGGCAGUAUCGGCCUACGUACGUUUAUCUGAAACAACAACCCUCGGUACAUCCGGAAGAGUCAAGUAUAAUAUUGAAAUUACCAACAUUGGUGGAGCUUACAACUUUGAGGCUAGUCAGUUCAUUGUUCCCGUGCCCGGUAUCUACAUAGUUGACGUGACCGCGUGUGUGGCGAACUCUGAAGCCAUGAACAUAAAUAUCAUAAAAGACGGUCUUAAAAUCGGAGUUGUGAGGUCUGGAUCCCCGGAUUAUGUUGAUUGUUCAUCAGCUUCCCUAAGCAUCCAUCUUGACGCUGGAGACAAUAUCUGGGCGGAGCGUGGUGAACCUUCUUAUUCACACAGCUUGUUUGAGGGACGCGGAUGGAACUCCUUUGCAGCGACACUCAUACAUGCAGACUAG